GGGUGAAGAUGUUGAAUUAGGUGUAUCUUUAUUAAUAGUUAUUUUAUCCAACAGUGGGUUGGUAGGUGAAGUUGAAGUAAGUGCUGAUGCGAUCAAGUGUAAUUUCAAUUUCUUUGUGAUCCCUGAUUGGGAGUUGUAG